AUGAAACCAGGACUUUUGAAACCAAUUAAGCCACCAGAUCCACCCUUUCAAUUGAUUGCAAUCGAUUACGUUGGACCGUUGCCACGUACACCAUCUGAAAAUCGUUAUGUCCUGGUCAAUACUGGCUCUCCCGAGUUGCACAGCGCAGUUGACUAUGAUAGUAUAAAUUGUGUAUUUGACCAUCGACGUCCUGCUGAAAUAACCACUAAUGCCAUUGCUCGCAGCAUCGAUGUUGCUGAACAAAGUCAAACUGAAGCAACAGAUCCUGACAGAAAUCGUACAACCGGAACAGAACCAUUCAAUAUUCAUCAAGAUAUGUCUACGGAAGGUUAA